CUAACAGAGGCACUGCACAGCGGCACAAGGCAGUAAGCAAAGCUGACCGUCACCAGAGUGCCUGGAACCCUGUCUACCUAGGCACUUUUCUUACAGGGAGGGCCGCAGGAGCACAAGGUGGGUAAUCUGCUUAACCCUCUGCCACACCGUCUGCCCCUCCCGCUCUCAAUUUCCUCAUCUGUAACGGCCAGUUGUGCGGUCUCUCUGAUCUGUUUGGCCUGGGCUGAGAAAACUGGGUUGCAGGUACUAGGCCAGGUCCUUCGCUUCUCUGAGCCUCAGUUUCCCCAUUUUUAGGAAAGAGGUAAUAACGGUCCUUGUCUUCUCCUGGUUGUUCUGAGGCGUGAACAAGAUAGCAUGGCAGAAGCACUCCAGCAAACUUAUCAAGGCCAGGCAGGGCUCUCCUGCUCCUCUGGGCCUCCUACCGGCCGCAGGAAGAAGGCCGGUUAGGAGGAGGGCCCCAUCUCUUCCUGGUUCUGUGGCCCCCAUGGAUACUCCCCACCUUCCACCGGGAUCCCCACAAGGUGGUCGGGGCUCGCGUGAACAUCCCACGCAUGCAGAAGCGGCCUCGCGGCUGGCUCAGGGCACCGAGCAGUUUCCGCGCGGAGUGGCCGGGGGCGCGCGCGCGAGGGGCCGCGCCGAGCCGGGAUUGGCCACCGCGCGCCCUCGCGCCCGCCCCGCAGGCGCCUGGCAGCGCCGCCCCUGCCCGCGCCGUCCCCGGCCUCGCUCCGGGCCCCGGCUGCGGCGCGCGCGGGCGCCCGGCCUGCUGCGGGCCAUGGGCGAAGCGGGCGCCGUGGGGCGCCGCCGGCCCUUUCCCGGGGCGCCGCGGCGACGCUGGUGGCGGCGGCAACAGCAGCAGCAGCGGCGGCGGCAGCGCUGGUGGCCGGGCCGCGGCGAGGGCGAGGGCGCCGGCCGCGCCGCCAUGGGCCUAGCUGGGCUGCAGGAGAACGUGUUUGCUGGGCAGUCAAAGAUCUAUGCCUACAUGAGUCCGAACAAAUGCUCUGGAAUGCGCUCACCUCUUCAGGAAGAGAACUCGGUUACACAUCACGAGGUCAAAUGCCAGGGGAAACCAUUAGCUGGAAUCUACAGGAAGCGAGAAGAGAAAAGAAACACUGGGAAUACGAUCCGAAGCUCUGUGAAGUCUGAUGAACAGAAGAUCAAAGACGCCAGGAGAGGUCCCCUGGCACCUUCUCCAAACCAAAAAUCUGAAGCAGCAGAACCUCCAAAAACUCCACCCCAGUCAUGUGAUCCUACGAAUACAGUGGUUGCCAAGCAGGCCCUAAAAAAGCCCCUCAAGGGCAAGCAGGCCCCUCGGAAAAAGUCUCAAGGGAAAACACAGCAGAAUAGAAAACUGACAGAUUUCUACCCGGUGCGAAGGAGCUCUAGGAAGAGCAAAGCUGAAUUGCAGUCUGAAGAAAGGAAAAAAAUUGAUGAGCUGAUUGAGAGCGGGAAGGAAGAAGGCAUGAAGAUUGAUCUCAUUGAUGGAAAAGGCAGGGGUGUGAUUGCCACCAAGCACUUCUCCCGGGGAGACUUUGUGGUAGAAUACCAUGGGGAUCUUAUUGAAAUCACCGAUGCCAAGAAGCGGGAGGCUCUGUAUGCACAAGACCCCUCCACAGGCUGCUACAUGUACUAUUUUCAAUAUCUGAGCAAAACCUACUGCGUGGAUGCCACUCGAGAAACAAACCGCCUGGGGAGGCUGAUCAACCACAGUAAGUGUGGGAAUUGCCAGACCAAACUGCAUGACAUCGAUGGCGUGCCUCACCUCAUCCUCAUCGCCUCCCGAGACAUUGCAGCUGGGGAGGAGCUCCUGUAUGACUAUGGCGACCGCAGCAAGGCCUCCAUCGAAGCCUACCCUUGGCUGAAGCAUUAACCAUGUGGCCUCCCUGCCACACUGCCUCCUUCAAAGGACAAAGUGCCCUCAAAGGGAAAUGAUUUUUUUUUUUACACACUCUUAGCUAAUUACUUCAAAUGUUUUUAAAAAGUAUAUUAAAGAUGCCUUUUCAUGUAGUAUUUAAAUAUCUGUUACAGGUUUCCAAGGUGGACUUGAACAGAUGGCCUUAUAUUACCAAAACUUUUAUAUUCUAGUUGUUUUUGUACCUUUUUGCAUACAAGCUGAACGUUUGUGCUUCCCGCGCAGUCUAGGACUUGGCACAGGUUUUAGAGAAUGGAGUCGAACAUGAACUAGGAAGCUGGGCUCUGCCCAGGAUGAAAGCCAGGACUCCCCCACACCCCACGUCCAAGGACAGGCGGGUGUGAGGGUGCUGCCGCUCCCCACACAGCCUGGACGGGAUGUCUCCAAGCUCUUGCUCUCCUCAGCGUCUUGACAGGCAUACACAUUGACGUGUAUGAAUAUUUUUUACAAAGGUUUCGCAGUAAGCUAGUCUUCCCCUCUGCUUUCUCCAAAGCUCACUGAGCCCGGGGCUUGGAGGCCCUGCCGGGAACAGACCUCUUCACAGGCUUUUGGCUUUUCCAGGCACCUCGAAGCUUCAGGGUGGGCAGUCAGACUAGAGGCAGGCCGGGAAAAGCACUGUUCUCCUGCCCCAGUGGGGCAGGUCUCCUGAAACUGCAUUAAUUCUUUAUAGAAAUGUGAACACUGAAUUUAUUUUAAAAAAAAAUAAUAAAAAUACAAAACAUUUAAAAAAAAAAAAGAAAAAAAAUGGAAAAAAAACCACAGAAAACAACUUAUAUGUAUAUAGGUUUUGAAGGGAGUGAAAUGAUUGGGUUUUUUUGUUUGUUUGUUUGUUUUUGUUUUUCUUUCUGGGGUUCCUUUAUUUUUAUCUUUUUUAUGUUUUUGGCUUGGCUGGCUGAUUUGUGUAGAGGUUUUUGAGAUGGUACUUUAUUCUAAUCAAAAGUAAGAUUUUUGUAGUGGGACCAGAAAUUACUAAACCCAUACCCCACCACCUACUCCACCCACAUCCCUGAAUCUGUUGUGUGGAAAGUUCUCUACCUGCUGUGUAUCACGUGAAGAUGCUGGCAGCCAGAGGACCAGGAUGAUAGUUCUUACCUGUGAUAGAGUUAGGUGGCUUUCUUCCUGGGAAGGACUAAAUUCUCGCCAUUCACCUUCAGUCUAGGGGCUGGGGAUUUGGAGCCAGGUAUGAGAACCUACCCUUGUCCCCAACACCUCCCCCUACCCCUCAGCCUCAUGAUGGUGCUACCUAAGAAAGUCUUCCCCACACCCCUUGCUAGCCUGCCUGGUCAGUGGUCAGACUUGGAGGAGGAUCCGAAAGGAGGUUGUAACUGUGAGAUAAAAUGUCUUGGUUGUACCUGUUUGUGGCUUAGCUUUGUAUUUAAAUAGCAAACAAAAAAGGAAAUAAACUUGAAAAUUAUUUGUCAUCAUAAAAUAAAGCAAAAAAAUUAAAAUAUUUAUUGCCAGGCAAGGC